AGGAUGCGAUUGCACGACCCUACCCGUGAGCAAUCUCCCAACUCAUCUCUGUUCUGUAUUCUUUGGUAAAUGUCAUGAUUCUGACGCGUGCGUACUCUGUGUUUAUCAAUUUUGAAUGCAUUUAAAAACGUAGUCUUUAACCGUUUCUGCUGUACUUUUCAGUUAUUAUUACCUGUAAUGGCACUGGAAGCAUCGAUCCUUGAACGUCUUCAGGAAUUAAGAAGGUGGCAAACCAAGCAGCAAGAACAACUGUUGAAACAGCAAGAAGAACAGCGAGAUCUGUUAAGCCGUGAACAAGAACGUAUGUACAAGGCACUCAAUUUGUCCGUACAAAGUGACAGUCUUGAUGAAUCUGUUGUAAACAAAAUACUUAUUCAGAAUAAAGAAGAGGGUAACUGUGACUUAACGGAAGUAAGCGUCGAAUCAUCCUCGAAACAAUAUUUUGAAAAGUUACACGAUGAAACCGAAUACUUAUCUUUUCAACAUUCUCAUACAGAACUGGAUUUACAAAGAAAACCAGGUUUAACCGAAAAGUGUUUAGAUACAUCUGCAGAGUGUGUUAUCACGGGUGAGAAACUUCUAAACAGUGGAAAAACUUUGAAGAAUACAAGUAAAGUUACGGACAAUUUAUCACCUAUUCAAGUAAGAAUAGAUUGCAAAAGAGCUAAUGUAACUGAAGGAACAUCAAUAACUUCAUCUGUAAUAAAACCUGAUAUGUUAUUAAGUGUACCAUCUAUGCAAUUAGUUUCUAAUAAUGAUAUUAAAAAAUUUGCAGAAGUAAAACAGCAGAUAGACACAGAAUAUGAUGCGAUGCAAAUUAAAUCAGAAUUAGAUUUUACUCCCUCGAAACAUCAGUCAGCAAUGUCAAAAUUUAUGAUCGAAGGUGUGGAGCUUUUACCAGCAGAGAAAUCUCUAACUGGGCGCAUCACUAUAGAUGACAUUCCUGUACCAUCACCAAAGAAAGAUUUUCAGACUUUGCUAGAAGAAAGAUUGAGAGAUUCAGAAGCCAUAAUUAGUGUUAAUGAAUCUGAAAGUAAUCCAAAACGGCAAGUUAAACGACCUUUCUUAAGAAAAGGGGAUGGUUUGGCUAGGUUUAAACUAAAUUCACGUGCAAAUGAUCCAAAAAAGAGUUACAGGCCUCGGAGUACUUCAUUGUCAGCUAACUUAAAAAAUCCAAAAACUGAUUCUGAAAGCCAGAAGGAAACUGUUAAAUUAAAAAAUAUAUCAUCCAAAAGAAGUGUAACAAUACCGAAUGUACCGCAACAAAAAUUGAGUUUAAAGCACAUUACUCCGCCAAACAAAAAAUCUCAAAGUAAAAGCUUGAGUUUAGCUCCAUCGAUUCAAUUAAAUACCAGCAAUGAACAAAUGAAACGAUUAUCGGAACUUAAUAACUCUGAUAUUGAAUCUAAAAUAAACAGAGAAAUGGAAGAGGUGAGAAUAUUUGAACUGCUAGAAGAAAAAGCAGAAAAUUCCAGUUUUUGUUCUACUUCAAGUACAGUUGUGGCAUUUUUACAGUCAGUUCAAUCAACUCCGUUGAGAUCAAAGAAAACUUUAGAAAAGAAUGUACAGCAACGGGCUUUAAGCAUGAGUAUCAAAACAUCUCAUGAUAAUAUUAAGGACCCUAGUACUCCUGAGAAAAUAAAUAAUAAAGACAAAAGGACUCUUGUACUUUCGGAAUGGGAUUCAAUUCCACUUCCUAAUCAAAACGGUAACGAAGGCCAAAGUUCUGCUUCUAUUGGUAUACGAUCUAAAAAAUUUUCUUCUUACGAAGUACAACAUACUAAUGAUAGCAAUACCGAACAUUCAUCAUUUACUGAUACGGAUCAAGAACACAUUUGUCAACUACCAUAUGGCACAGAUAUCGAUCCUUUAUGCCUAAGAGAUUAUGUUAAGACUAUUGGUGAAAAUGCAAAUAAUGAAAAUAACGUUAGUCUUCAUGUGAGGUUCUCUGAAUACAAUGAAUAUAAAACAAUUGGCUUAACUGACACAUCGAGCAUAUCAAAUGAUUCUCAGCAACCGACAAAUUAUGCAGAGGACAAAGCCUGGAGUGACUAUUCGACAUCUACAGAUUCUUCUGAUGCAGAAUCGGUAACUACAAAAUUAGAGGUGCAGAAAAACAACACUUGUAUCAACAAUAUAGAUUCUGAUUUAGUUAAGGAUGUAUCGAAUGUACUGCAGAGUCGCUGGGAAAACUUACUAGAUGUCCGAAAACAUCAAAGUACUUUGCAUGACAAAUCAAAAGAAUUUAAGAGGUUGAAAUGCAUAAGUGAAGAUCAAAAUUCUGAUCCUGAAGUAAUUCACUCUGAAACAGACGAUGGUACUUAUACUUCAGAUUAUAGUUAUCAAGAGAGUUACAGUGAUUAUCAGAAUCCUGAAGUAGUGCUGAAUGAUGACACAGAAGAAACUAUUUUGGAUACGAAUAAUGAAGUAAAGGAUUGUGACCUGCCAGGACAUAACUCAGAAAUGCCUUUAAAUAAAUACACUUCUAGCUCAAAUAAUCAAGAAACGUCAGUUUCUGUUAAUGUAAGAGAGUCAGAAAGUACUGUUUUCAAUUCAGAGCUUCUGAAGAGUAGAUUAUUGGAACUAGAAAAAGAGAUUACUAUUUUCCGAAAGGAAAAUGUAGCACUUACAAUUCAACGCCAGAAGUUGCAAGAGGAGCAGAAGGAAUUGCAAAAACUAUUUAAAGAAAAGGAACGUACUUUUGAGGAAAACAGGACAAGAGAAGAGAAUAAUUUAAAAGAAGAGAAGAAGAGAUUAGCAAGAGAAAAAGCUGCAUUAGAAAACAGAAUGAAGGUUGCUCAACAACAAGCUCAAGUCAGCAAACAACAGCGUCAAGAAGUGCAGGUUUUGAAGGAGGAAUUAGAAGAAUUGAGAGAAGAAAUUAGUCAAAAAGAGAGUCGAUGGUAUGCUGCGCAAGCCAGGCAACGAAGUCAAGUAAGAAUUUUACAGACUGAAAAUUCAAAAUUGAAACAAGAAGUGGCGAGGUUACAAAAUCUUAGAAGAAAUAAUACAAAGUUUCGAAAAACCGGUGUUUCUGAUAACACACGUGCAAUACAUAAAAUAAGCAAGCAGUUGGAAAAACAUAAACAACCUUUGUCUAAAGAAGAAUUUUUAUCCGAUGAAGAUGAAAAACUCUUGCAACCAAUGAUGGAUGCGCUUCAGCUAAAUGGAAAUGAUAAGGAUAACACUAGAGCUCAAAAGAUAACCGACAAACACUCUAAUAAGGGCAAUGACUAUGCAAUGCUGCAAAAAUCCUUGAGGGAUGCUGAAAGUAUUUCUAAGAAACGUAACAUGUAUAAGAACUUGUUAAAAGAUGCAACAAAUGAUAUAGAAGAAUCUAGUGAAAUGAUUGCAAAGAAGACAGAGUAUCAAAAUGCUACCGAGCAAUUAGAAGAGCAACAUGCCAAUGAAGUGAAUCUCCCAGCUAGCAAUAUCCAUACUGAAUUUAAAGAAGCUCAUUUCAAUCAAGUAAAUUCCUGCCCUGAAGAUAAAUGUCAAGAAGAAACUACAAUAUCGAACAAGUCUACUAAGUGUACUUUAAAUGAUUCAAUGAAGAGUCAUUAUUCUCAAAAGAUCACAUCAUCGGAGGAACCAUCUUAUGAACCAUAUGGAAUUCUGAAGAAAAAUAAUACUCCAAAUGAACAAAUUGGUGAACAAUUAAAUAAGCAAGGAGUAAGGGAAGUUCACCACUCGGAUGGCCGAAUUGAGUACUGGUAUCCAAAUGGUAACGUUAAAAAAAUCUUUCCUGAUAGAACAGUUACGAAAAUGAUAUAUUACAAUGGAGAUGUAUGUGAGAGAAGUAAAGAUGGAAUGAUAAAAUACUUUUAUGCUGCAACUAGAACAUGGCAUACAACAAUGCCAGAGGGUUUAGAGAUUUUAGAGUUUCCUGAUGGUCAAGUGGAACGUCGCUCAAAGAACGGUGCAAUAGAAAUUUCUUUCCCGGAUGGCACCGUUAAAAUAGUUGAAUCUGAUGGGUCAGAAAAGUGGGCUCUUGCAGAUGGAACUAUAGCAGAAACCCUUCCAAACGGUGAAAAAGUCCUGUCUUUACCAAAUGGUCAAAGAGAGAUUCACGCUACAGACCACAAGAGGCGAGAAUAUCCUGAUGGUACCGUCAAACUAGUUUAUACAGAUGGGUCACAAGAAACACGCUAUGCCAGUGGCAGAGUUCGUCUUAAGGACAAAGAUGGCAACGUCCUCAUGGAUUCGCACUUGCAAUAAGAAAGCCUGAUGAAAGAGUACGAACUUUAUUCUUAAUAUUUAAGUCCUUUGACUCGAACCGAAUGCAAGUAGUAUUAUUUUAGUCUAUACGAUCGCCCAUUAUAAUAAACAGCUUGUAAAGUAAAUAAUUUAUAUUGCGACAAAAUAAAUACUAUUUCAAGUAAAUGUA